UCUCACAUCAUCGAUGUUACAUAAUUAGAGUAACUCCGAUAAGACUGACACCAAGAGGCUGUGCAGACACACCGCUGGCUUGUGUGAAGUGGGCGUCACCAGGUGGGAGUGGUGUCCUCCCAGGUUCGCGAGCUGAGCUUGCUGGGGAGUCAGCGGGCAUUCACAGGGUGACAAGUGAAGUUUGGUUUGUCUGUGACCAGACAGUUAGGCAGGUCUCAAAUCAGCCAGCAUCUACCGUAAUGAUAGUUUUGGCUCACAGGGAGAGAUGCCGAGAGAAGAGAGCCAAGGUCAGAACCUGAGAGAAGAGAGCCAAGGUCAGAACCUCAAGGAACACCACCCUUGAAGGGAUGCCCAGAGAGACAAACUUGCUCAAGGUUGCAGAAAGGGCAAGUUAGAAACCAGCUUUUUAGGGACCUCAGUUUUCAGAUUUGGGGGACUUCGGAUUUUUGCAUUUGGGCUCCGAGAAGCCUUGCAGUGUCGUUAUUUGUGAAACCCAGCUUUUCUCAAACUCACCUUGCGGCUAAAGACGUCUCCACCUAGCUCUGCUUCAUGUUCCGCAUCCUGUAGUACCAGGAGGGACAGAGUCAGACUUUGGAAAGUACUCCUUUGGACAGGCAGAUGGGGCGGGGUCGGGAGGCAGCAGGAGGCUCCCAGGCAGAGUGAUCAAAGGGCCAUCUUCUGGUGUAAGAAGUGUUGUGUUCAUCCUGCCGAGGCGGGAUUCCAGAGAGGAGCCUGUGAGACGGGGUGCCGGCCAGACCGUCUCAAGGCCGAUGGGGCUGUCUGGGAGAAAGCUGAUGGGCUCUGAGUGUAGGCAGGGGUGGUGCAGUCGAUAGGGGCGCAGUUCAACUGUGCCGUAGAAGUGACAGGAGUUGGUAGCGCCAUGUGAGAAGUGGGAGGCGGGGGUUUCUAGGAUGACUCUGGUUUCUGUUUGCCGGCCAAGGUGAUGAGUUGUGCCACCAAGCAGAUCAGGGGAUGUGGGUGCUGGUGCGGGCAGGGACCUGGGUGUCAGUGCUGAGCAAGGGUUCAGGCAUGCAGAUUUGGGGCUUGGGAGAGAGUGGCCUCUAAGAGAGGCUUGGAAGUGAUUCACAGUUACAGUUGUGGCCUGCAGGGUGACAUCAUCGGAGGUUAGAAAGAUAACGAUAUCUAAGGACAGCGUAAGAAAGGGGAAGUGUCUUACCUUCUGAUUCAGACAGCAAGGGGAGCCAGGCUCGAGAGUGCUGAUGGUCAUUUAUUAGGUCUCUCUCGGGUACUGCAUUAGGCAUUUCAUAAAUACAGUUUCAUUUAAUCUGGCUUGCUGAGGGUGGGUGUUCCUAUCCCUCUUCUACAGAGGAGUGAUGGCAGCCCAAAGCCCUUAGCUGCAGGUCUGACCUCUAGUUGGUAGCAGUGGAGGAGGGGUUCUGUCUUCUAGGGUCCAGGCUUUCACACUUGGCCCUCCUGCCUCUUGUAACGAAAUCAGAGAAGGAGCUGGCGAGGGCUCUGAGACGUGCAGCCCGGUGUGGAAUGGUUUGCUGUGGUUUGCAGCCAGCACGGUUACUCCCGAGCCGUGCUGUCACUGAAGGAAUACAUACUAGCUGACAGUGCCUAGAAAGGAGGAAAAAGGAAUCAUCUUUUUAAAAAGAGAUGAUCUCAAACCCUGAGACUUAUGAAAAACCUUUCCUUCCUGACGGAGUGACGUCAGCGUGUGGGCGUGUGGGAAGAGGAGGUCGCCCUGCCGCGGAGCCCUGGCUGCUGAGCCGGGAAAGGCAGGGCAGGCAGGCGCUGGCGGCUGCCAGCACUGCAGAGCUGGGGAGGGAGCUGCCCUGCUGACAGCCGCUGAGUCAGGGAGGCGCACGCCGCGCUGGGCAGCCAUGGCUCAGCUCAGGGUUUUAGACUGCGUGAUGAACCACAACUGGAGUUUCCUGUGCAAUCUGUACUGUGCCUGGAGUGGCCAGGUAUCAAAAAAUAAAGAUGGGAAAGAACAAAGUGAAACUGUAUCACCGUCCGAAGACGAAGCUUUCUCCUGGCCGGGGCCCAAAACCGUCACGCUGAAGAGAACGCCUCAAGGCUUCGGCUUCACGUUAAGGCAUUUCAUUGUGUAUCCCCCGGAGUCUGCAGUUCAGCUUUCGUACAAGGAUGAAGAAAAUGGAAACAGAGGAGGAAAACAAGGGAAGCGCCUGGAGCCCAUGGACACCAUAUUUGUCAAGCAGGUUAAAGAAGGCGGGCCUGCGUUUGAGGCUGGGCUGUGCACAGGUGACCGAAUCAUCAAAGUCAACGGAGAAAGUGUCAUUGGAAAGACCUAUUCCCAAGUAAUUGCUUUAAUUCAGAACAGUGACACAGCAUUGGAACUUAGUGUUAUGCCAAAAGAUGAAGACAUUCUCCAAGUGCUGCAAUUUACAAAGGAUGUCACAGCACUGGCGUAUUCUCAAGAUGCCUACCUGAAGGGGAACGAAGCCUACAGCGGCAACGCUCGCAAUAUCCCGGAGCCGCCGCCUGUCUGCUACCCCUGGCUGCCCUCUGCCCCUCCCGCCGCCGCGGCUCAGCCAGCGGAAGCUUCCCCUGCAGACGCCCCACUGAGCAAACAGCAGACCAGCACCCCAGGACCCACGCCGCCUGGCAGGGCCUACCGCAUGGAAAUCCAAGUGCCUCCGUCACCCACAGAUGUUGCAAAAUCGAACACGGCAGUGUGUGUUUGCAACGAAAGCGUGAGGAGUGUUAUUGUGCCUUCUGAGAAGGCUGUAGAUGUGUUACCCGGCAGAGGGAGCCACACAGGCCCUUCCCAUCGAACUGAAGAAGUGAGGUACGGCGCGAACGAGCACACCUCUUUAAAAGCAGUGUCCAGGGCCACGUCUCCGCCAUCAUCAGUCCCCGCCGCCCAUAGAAUCCACCACGCUGCAGGCUCCAGGUCCCUGGACCCUUCCGGAGGCCUACUUAAAUCUGGAAACUACGCUGGGCACUCAGAAGGAAUCCCAAGUGACAGGGCUCACGCGGUAGACUCCCCUUCCAUAGCUGUCAAUCACUACUCCCCAAAUUCCCAUCAGCGCAUAGACUGGAAAAACUACAAGACGUACAAAGAGUAUAUUGAUAACCGGAGGUUGCACAUAGGCUGUCGGACCAUCCAGGAGAGACUGGACAGUCUACGAGCGGCCUCCCGGAGCACGGCGGAUUACAGCCAGGUGGCCCCCGGCCGCGCCGCCUCGCAGGUGCGGCGCCGGAGCACCUCUCACGACCGCGUGCCGCCGGCGGCGCAGAUCCGGCAGCGCAGCGUGUCCCAGGAGAGGCUGGAGGACCCGGUGCUGACGCGGUACUGCCCGCGGAGCGCGUCGCAGGGCGCGCUGACGUCCCCGCCGGUCGGCCUGAGUCAGCACCGGACUCGGUCCUGGGAUUACCUGGAGGGGCAGGGGGAGCCCGCGGAACGCCAGACCCCCGACUCCAACGGGGAGCGGGCGCAGGCCUCCCGGUGGGGCGGGUUUGCGGAGCGGGACGACCGGCGAGGGGUGCGGGAAGCGCCCAAGGCCUUCCGGGGCGCGCAUCUCUCCGUGGCCCCGGGCGCGGUGAGCGUGGAGAGCAGGCGCGUGACCGGGCGGGGCGCGCCGGGCGCGCCGCAGUUUAAAAAGCCGCCCUUGGACCUGAAGGCGCUGCAGCCAAGCAGAACUGUGCCGACGGCUUGUGGGGCGCCGCUGGCUCGGGGUGUCGCACAGGACAGGUCGCCCCUCGUCAAAGUCCGGAGCCACUCCCUAAAAGCGCCCUCUGCGCACGCCGCCGCGAAGCCAGCGGUCAGCCAGAACUCGCUGGUCUGCACCAAGGAUCAGAGACCCGUCAUUCACGCACAUGAGAACAGUGUGCUGAGUCAGCAGACCUGGUUCCGACCCGAGAGUGCCCCCGACCACCAGGCGGACCCCGCGAAGCCCCCCUCCGUCUCCGGAGCGCCUGCGAAGCCGGCUGCCCAGACGAGCGAGAACGGGGCCGCUGCGGAGUGCGAGCUGUCGGUCAGUCUACGGGACGUGGACAUCCGCGCCGCAGAGGCUGGCGCCCCGCAGCCACACCCCGCAGAUGGCACGGAAGCGGUGGUCCUGCGGGAGAAGCCGCCGUCCGGCCGCCAGACGCCGCAGCCCCUGCGGCACCAGUCUUACAUCCUGGCGGUCAAUGACCAGGAGGCCGGCUCGGACAGCACCUGCUGGCUGCCCAACGACGCGCGCCGGGAGGUGCACAUCAAGCGGCUGGAGGAGCGGAAGGCGUCCAGCGCCAGCCCGCCCGGCGACUCCCUGGCGUCCAUCCCCUUCAUAGAUGAACCCACCAGCCCUAGCAUUGACCAUGACAUCGCACACAUCUCCGCUUCUGCUGUCAUCUCAGCCUCUACCUCUCAAGUCCCCUGUAGAGCCACUGUCCCUCCCAGCCUCACAACCUCAGCUCCUUUAAUUCGAAGGCAACUUUCACACGACCAUGACUCCAUUGGACCCCCCAGCCUGGAUGCCCAGCCCACCUCAAAGACAGAAAGAUCCAAAUCGUACGAUGAGGGCCUGGAUGACUACCGAGAAGAUGCCCAAUUGUCUUUUAAGCACGUGUGUAGCCUGAAGGCCAUCAAGAUCACAGACAGCCAGAAGUCAUCGGAAGACUCCGGAUCUCGGAAGGACUCCUCCUCAGAGGUUUUCAGUGAUGCCGCCAAGGAAGGGUGGCUCCACUUCCGGCCCCUCGUCACCGAUAAGGGCAAGAGGGUCGGGGGGAGCAUCCGGCCGUGGAAGCAGAUGUACGUCGUGCUGCGGGGCCACUCGCUGUACCUGUACAAAGACAAGAGAGAGCAGACCGCUCCGUGCGAGGAGGAGCAGCCCAUCAGCGUUAACGCGUGCCUCAUAGACAUCUCGUACAGCGAGACCAAGCGGAAAAACGUGUUCCGGCUCACCACGUCCGACCGCGAGUGCCUGUUCCAGGCGGAGGACCGAGACGACAUGUUGGCCUGGAUCAAGACCAUCCAGGACAGCAGCAACCUGAACGAAGAGGACACGGGCGUGACCAACAGGGACCUCAUCAGUCGGAGAAUAAAGGAGUAUAACAGCCUCAUGAGCAAAGCAGAACAGUUGCCAAAAACCCCUCGCCAGAGCCUCAGCCUCAGGCAGACUCUGCUUGGUGCUAAAUCAGAGCCAAAGACCCAGAGCCCGCACUCCCCCAAAGAGGAGCCGGAGAGGAAGCUUCUCGGUAAAGAUGAUACCAGUCCCCCCAAAGACAGGGGCAUGUGGAUAAGGGGCAUUCCCCAGAUCGGGAGGAGGAAGAAGCCGGCUGCUACAGGGACCUUCGGGGUCCGCCUGGACGACUGCCCGCCAGCCCACACGAAUCGGUAUAUCCCAUUAAUCGUUGACAUAUGUUGCAAAUUAGUUGAAGAACGAGGUCUCGAGUAUACAGGUAUUUACAGAGUUCCCGGGAAUAACGCCGCCAUCUCCAGUAUGCAGGAGGAGCUCAACAAGGGGAUGGCCGACAUCGACAUCCAAGACGAUAAAUGGCGAGACUUGAAUGUGAUCAGCAGCUUACUGAAGUCAUUCUUCAGAAAACUCCCGGAGCCUCUCUUCACAAACGAUAAAUACGCCGAUUUCAUUGAAGCCAAUCGCAAAGAAGAUCCUCUUGAUCGUCUGAAAACAUUGAAAAGACUAAUUCAUGAUUUGCCCGAACAUCAUUAUGAAACACUUAAGUUUCUUUCGGCUCAUCUGAAGACAGUGGCAGAAAAUUCAGAAAAAAAUAAGAUGGAACCAAGGAAUUUGGCCAUCGUUUUCGGUCCAACUCUGGUGCGGACAUCAGAGGACAACAUGACGCACAUGGUCACCCACAUGCCGGACCAGUACAAGAUCGUGGAGACGCUCAUCCAGCACCAUGACUGGUUUUUCACGGAAGAGGGCGCCGAGGAACCACUUACAACAGUACGGCAGGAAAGCACAGUAGAGUCGCAGCCAGUGCCAAACAUAGAUCAUUUACUCAGCAACAUUGGAAGGACAGGAGCAUCCCCCGGAGACGCAUCAGAUUCAGCCACUAGUGACUCAACAAAAUCUAAGGGCUCUUGGGGACCGGGAAGGGAGCAGUACAGCAGGGAGCUGCUGGUGACCUCCAUCUUUGCGGCUGCCAGUCGCAAAAGGAAAAAGCCCAAAGAGAAGGCGCAGCCCAGCAGCUCGGAGGACGAGCUGGACAGCGUGUUCUCCAAGAAGGAGCCCGGGGCGCAGGGCCGCGAGCACGGCCGGGCCGGCGAGGCCGCGGGCAGGACGCCGGGGGCCCCGCGCAGCGCCAGCCCCAGCCCGGAGGCCGCGCCCUGGGCCGCGGGCCGCCUGAGCCCCGAGGCGCGCUCCGUGGCCGAGAGCAGGGGCGAGGAGGCGGACGACGAGAGAAGCGAGCUGGUGAGCGAGGGGCGGCCGCCCGAGAGCGACAGCGAAGGCGACUUCCCCGCCUGCGCCGCGCCGGGCCGCCGGGACUCCGAGGGCAGCGAGGCCAGCGGCCCCCGGCCGGCGGCGGCGCGCGCGCACCAGCUGCUCGAGGGCGACACGCUGGCGCGGAGGAAGGCGGCGCGCCUGCGCUCGGACGGCGACGGGGACGCGCCCGCGCUGGCCCGCGUGCUGGACGCCAUGCGGCGCGGCCGCUCCACCGGCAGCCUGCCGCCGCCCGAGCCCACCUGGAAGAGCCGGCUGGCCGAGCGCCUGAAGCUGCGGACCCGGGCGCCGGCCGACGACAUGCUGGCCGGCACGGGCACGCCGCCCAGGCCGCAGGCCGAGGCCGCCCGCCGCAGGGGCGUCCGGCGGCGCCACACGCUCGGCGGCCACCGCGACGCCAGCUUCUGGAAGGAGCCCGAGCUGUCGGCCGUGACGCGGCUGCAGCCGCGCUGCCCGGCCCAGGACCUGUCCAUCACGCACUGGCUGGCCCGCGAGCGCCUGCGCACCAGCACGCCCGACCUCAGCACGCCCGGCGGCCUGGACCCCGCGCCCGUGCCCGCGCCGCGCCCCGCACCGCCCGACCAGGUCAACGGCGGCGACGGCUUCCCGGGCGCGAGUUGUGCGGCCGCUUCCCAGCCUCCCGCGCUGUCCGGAGCGGCACAGCCGCACCCCUGCCUGUAGGGGCGCCGCGCGUGUAGAUAGCAACGUAUAAAUAUGUAUAUUUAAGAGUCUAUGGAGCGGUGUAUACAGAUGGGCACAGUAUGGUCGCAGCCCCCACGCGCGCGUCUCCAUCACUGACACAAGUGCCUCAUCACACACACGCGUGGAUUGUAGGGUGCCGUGGGAAGCGAGUGCAUUUAACACGGGUGGAUCCCACCUUCCAUUCUGCAGUCAUUCCAGGGGGAGCGGAGUUUUAUAUUCAAACUUUUAAUACAGUUUUUGAGUUUUGUGUGACUUGAAUUUUUAAUCUCUGUAAAAUACGUAACUUAAAUGAACAUAUUAUAAGUGUAUCUUUUCUUCAGAUACCAGAUUUGAUAUAAAUGUUGUAACAUAGGCGUGUAGAUAGUGGCUCCUGGACAGAACUGGCUCCUUGAUGGAGAAGAGUUAACUCUGCAUGAGGAUCUAACGACUCCAAACCUGUGUCCUGCCUGUGUGCACACCCCUUAAACACUGGAAAUAAAACUGUUUUGGUGAACUUC